AUGUAUACAAAAGAGUACUACUGGUUUUCACAAUAUAUGAUAAUAACAAGCACUUUGGUGCUCACCAUAAUAUGGUCAAUCUUACCAUCGUCGCUGGGUGAGGCUGCACCAAAGCAGUUUAUUGACACGAUAUUAGAUAUUUUCCCACAGAGAAGAUGGAUUGUAACCUUGGAGAGCAUUAUGUUAAUGGGUAUGCUGUGUACAUACACUGGCCUUUUGAUGUACAAUGAAGACACCUUAACGCCACCGCUAGAUUCUCUAUCCACAGUAACGGAUGCCGGUGGUCAACUUGUAAUAGAGGACGACCCCGACGUGUUCCUCAAGAAAUGGGCAUUUAAGGAAACUAGCGGUAUUUAUGAUCUUCCCCUGAUGGAUGCCUGCCAACUUCUUUACCUAUACGAUAACGAAGAUACCAACACAUAG